AUGACUAGUAGUCCAGUCUCAUACAGACUUCUGAGAACAGGGGACAGUCUUCCUUCUCUAAUUUUCCCGCAAAUCUCUCGUGACUCUCUCGACAACGGUCUAGUUCCCCGAGUCUCUCUCCCGUCUUUUAGUAGCACAGUGACCUGUAAUGGUCGCCUGCGGGUGCUCACGCACGUGCCGACCAAUCGUGGUCUCUCCCAUCUCUCUCUCCCAUCUGGCCUCUUCCGUCUUGCCCAACAGUCUGCUUGUAAUGGUUGCCUGUGGGUGCUCACGCAUGUGAUGACGUUGUGCCGACCGAUCGCGGUCUCUCCCAUCUGGCCUCUUCUAUCUGCUUGUAGCACUGCGACCCGUAAUGGUCUUCUGCGGGUGCUCACACACGUGACGACGAUGUGCCGACCGAUCGCGGUCUCUCCCGUCUCUCUAUCUCAUCUGGCCUCUUCCGUCUCAUCCAACCGUCUGCUUCCUCUUCAGCAUUACUACGCUGGUUUAUAUAGAUAA